AUGGCGGCAAAAGAGCUUUCUGUCCUACCCCCGGACGUGAUGGAGGCCCAACUAUCAACAAUUGAUCUCCUGGCCGCAAUGUUCCCCUCACCCGGAGAGAUGGAGAUCCCUGAAUCCACAACCGAAUGCGUGGAGAAACUUCGAGAUUGGUGUCAGAACCCGACAAAUACACCAAAGAUUCCUACCAGUCUAUUUCUCACGGUCUGUUUACCAAUUUCGGAUGGGGAGAAAACCAUCCAGGUCAACAUGUCUGUCCCUUUACACUGCGAGAACCCCGAUACAAUUGAUCAACCACCGCCAGCCAGCUUUUCACUUCGUCAACCAGACUGGAUGUCUAAAGCAGAAGUCUCUGGCAUUGCAUCCUCCAUUCCACAAGGAGAUGCAUUAGAGGUCUUUGACUAUAUUCAAGCGCAAGUCAACGACUUCCUUCAAAAUAAGCAAAACCAAGCGACUGCUAUGGAAAAUACAAGUUCCAAUACCAAAUCCGAUGGCCCGAUCGUCAGAGUCUGGUUUUAUUUCCCGUCUCUCUCAACGCGGAAGAAGAGAGAUGAUAUGGUAAAUCUUGCACCGGGGUAUUCCCUGACCGGGUUUGUGCUAGCAGGAAAGCCAGGUGUGCUAUGCCUUGAGGGUUUAUCGACAAACAUUGAUUCAUAUAUGAGCUUUAUUAAAACACAUUCAUGGGGAGAUAUUCCUAGUCACCAAAAGAAGGUCAGUGAGAGGUUUCGUGAGACAGAGGCUAUUCGAAGAGUAUUUUCCGGGAUGGAAGAGAUUACCGACUCGCUUGGUGAGCGAGGUGGCCAACGAGCGAAUCGAGGUGAUAUGCAAGCCCUGGAGGCAUGGCUAGGAUCAAAAGGAUUGCAAGAGGCCUUUGAAAAGGUCAUAUUUUAG